AAACAAAACUGCACCAAAGAAAUUUAGAAGGAGUUCGCCACCUGGGUUCCAUUGUCAAUUUGGGUGGCACGCCGUGGAGUGGGUUCAAAUGCCAGAGGAAAUAUUUCAUUAGUUGUAGAGUCCUUGCCGCAAUAGGAUAACAUAAGAUCGAUGUUUUGAAAAUCAUUGCUACUUUCUUGACAUAGAAAAUCUACAUUGUGUAGAAAAACAGAAAGCUUAACUUGGAUAUUUUCCGAUUCGGAUUUUAUUUAGCUUUCCUGUAAUUUAUGAUCAUGGUUAAAUCUGUUUUAAUUUAUCGCAGCACAUAUUUCUUGGUCACAUGACUAGGGACACUUCAGCUAACAUCUAUCAUGUGAUUACAUCAAACAUGGAGUUAUCAGGAACUAAGGAGCUCAGCAUAUUAUGAAGGUUUGAGGAUUUUAUUUAAAGGUUAAAGGGGGUAAAAGAGAUUUGAUCACUGGAAGAUGGAAGGAAUUCCCUUGAGGACACUGGAUCUUGUGUGUCUGGGAACCAGUGUUGCAUUCUCAGGGCUGUUCUACUAUAUCUACCGGAAGAAGAAGAAAACCGUGGACACACUGAAGGAGGCUCCACAGAUGCGUCUGGAUGAACAAUUGGCCGACAUUUUAAACGCAGCACCUGGAAAAUGUCUCCAGUAUGUUGUUAUUGAGGGGACAGUGCAGCCUGCUGGAGAAACCCUCAGGAGUCAGUUCCAGGAGGGCAGCCUAGGAGUGGUGCAGAGACUUGUCCUGAAGGAGCACAAGCUGGUGUGGAACAGCCUGGCACGUGCCUGGACGGACAGCGAGAGGAUUUUACAUCAAAGGAUCAACAUGGUGCCCUUUAAUCUCGUGGGCUCUGGGAACGCAGCAGUGCGGGUGCUUUGUCCUUUGGAAGCAUCAGGGCUGGAGAUGGAGAUUGUGCACGAGAAGUUUCACCAAGCCAGCUAUGGCUUCACAGACAUCAUUGGCCAGUACCUGAGCGGAGAGAAGCCCAAGGGCCAGCUGGAGACGGAAGAGAUGCUCAAGGUGGGUGCCACCCUGACAGGGGUGGGGGAGCUGAUUCUGGACUCAGACAGAGUUCUUAAACUGAGGCCUCCGGCUGACGGCUCCGAAUACUUCCUCACCACCUCUGACUUUCAUACCAUGCUGGUGGAAGAAGAAGGGCGAGCCACCAUUUGGCAGGUCCUGGCGUCCAUCUGCGCCCUGGCAGGGGUGGCAGUGCUCCUGUGGGUGGCCAGGAGAUACUACAGACACCUGCGAGAGAAGUGGGCCCGGGAGGAGCUGCGCAGGCAGUUUGAGAGGAUGGGCCCCAGCCGGACUGCCCCCCAGGGAGAGCUGGAAGAUGCGGAGUCCCUGGAGAACGCCUGUGUCAUCUGCCUGUCCAACCCCCGCAGCUGCGUCCUGCUGGAGUGUGGCCACGUCUGCUGCUGCUUUAGCUGCUUCCAGUCCCUGCCUGUGCCCACCUGCCCCAUCUGCAGGCAGCCCAUCGUAAGGGUGGUGCCCCUCUACCAGGCAUGAGACCAGGCGAGAGCAUCAGUAUCUCGAGAUGCCUUAAAUCUUGACCUUGUUGUUUCCGUUCUUAAUUCUGCAGCCGUAUUUCUGGAAGUAUGGGUAACAAAACAAAAAGACAUAAUAAAUUAUUCCUCUUGAAAAAAAAUAUGUUACGGACUAUAUAAUUCUUAUUUAUAGAAGUUGUACAACAAGCUGCUGUGGCUCAAAUACAGUAGGUACUUUGUGCAAUUGUUGUAAAAAUGGAAGUUGAGGAAACAGUAAAGAGAUGGAAGAUAAUGACAGUUAUGAAUGGGUAAUUGCAGAACAUCAUUUCCUGGUGUGCACAGUAUGAACAAAUCAUAGAGAAUAAAGAUCUGAUUUUUUUUUCUGGAAUGCCAGCAAGUCAUUUCAUCAGAGAGGCCCAUCUACAUCCUUAACUGUUUGUUCAAAGCAACAGGAAUCCCCCAUAGUAUGUUAUCAGACUCAUUCUCAUUCAUAUGGACUAGUGAGACUAAGGAGGUGAACCAUAUUACUACUUAUUUAAAUAUUUUCUGGUGGUAGCAAAAUAUGCUUUACAAAAUAUUACAAAAUCUGGCAUCAGACAUUCAAACAUCUGCUUGAGUACAAUCAUUUGCCAUUGGGAGUGCACAAUGAUUAAGAUUAUUGAUAGGGGGUAUUGAGGCUAAACUGGUAUUCACAAAGAUGCUGGGUUUUACUUUAUAUAACAACCCUGAACUGCUGUGAUCUUUUCAGGUGCUUUAAACUGCUCGGUUUUAGUAUAAUCACAGUAUUAUUUUGAAAAUAAUCAGAAUUUAUGAUUAUUUUAAAAAUGUUCUCGAUUGAGACUUUAAAGAAGCACAGUAGCGGGUAUGCUUGCCAGUACUAUCAGCACUGUGUUAAAAGUGCUUUCUCUUUCAUUUUUCAAAAAUCUUCAACUUAAUGAGGUCUUCAAUUUAAAACGUCCCAGGGGAGUGAUCUGGUUGCAGCACUCUAGAAUAACUCCUACAGGCAAGCUGUGCCAUCCAUUUACUACAGCCAGAAAAGCACAGUGGCACUACUCAGUUAACUAAGCAUUGCUGGAUAUGAUGAGGAAUUACAUUGCACUAGUGUCCUCCAAAUGCUGACCAAGCAUGUGUAAGAUUUGGUGUUGUCACUGAUGGUGUCUGUGUUCUGCAUACAUUUGAGGGUUGUGCUCCAGAAAUAAGUGAAUUCUUUUGGCAGUAUCUAAUUUACAGUUAGAUGAAGAUCUUGAAAUGUGAAGUUGCAUGAAAGCAGUGAGCUGUAUGAGUAGGAUGUGAUAGCACUGAAUGACAGAAUGAGAGAGACUACUGUUCUUCAUGCAGAAGGUGAGGAUGCACAAUGAAUCUAAUGCAUUUGCAAAUGUUUUUUUGCACCUGCAUUUUCAAUAAUGAACACGAUUAAAAUAAGACAAUGAAAGACUGACUUGUGAUAAAAUUUACUGUACUGUUAUGGUAAUAGACCAUGUUGUUGGUCAACAUGAUUGAAAAUGGAAAUAGAGGAAUUAAAAGAAAAUCCCCAGUCUUAA